AUGAUUAAUUCUUAUUCAGAAUCUCUGAAUCUAAUCCUUGGCUUGAGCAUUGGUUUAUCUCUUUUUGUGCUGCUUUUCACGAGUGUUGGUAUUAUUGUUUGUUGUUGGAAGAAGAAGCAUUCUGUGAAGAAGGUAGAAUGGAGUGAACCCAGACAUCUGUCGGACCACCAACAUCAAAUCAGAGGGUUAGUAAUUAAUGCGGCUAUUAUUAUUAGUCAAUGUUUCACACAUUAGCUAGCAUUGAGUUGACCUUUCUAUAGAUCAAAGUUAUAAUUUAAAACUUUUCUUUAUAUUUUAAUUUAUUUAAAUUCAUUUUUAAACAUUUUUUUUACAUUUGACACUUUUUAGUUCAUUGAUUAAGUUAUGUCCUAAUUCAAAGUACAUAAUUAUUUUUAUUGCUAUAUAAGUAUAUUAUCUUACAUAUAUAUAAUUUUGGUAAACACAUUAAUAACUAUUUAAACAAAUGCAAUUUCUAAUUUAAUUUUAGAUACAAACUUUUACUUCACAAAAUAUUUUAUCUUAUGAUAGAUAUUAAAAAGAAAAAAAAUAUUUCUUUAAAUUUAGGCCUAUAUUGGAUGAUGCAUAUCUCCAACAAUCCACAACAAGAAAUGACGAUUAUCAUGGUCAGACACAAAAUGAGUAUCUUGAAAUAAGUACUGGUACUUGGCAUAGCAGUAAGCAAAAUGUUUAAAUUCUGUUACCCUUAUUUAAAAUGCCACAACAUUGUCAGAUGGUUACAUUUUAGACAUGGUGAGAUUUAUAAUUAUCAAUUAACAAACAAGUAAACACUUUUGUUGAAAAUUGGAUUAAAGUUUGAUAUUCACCUACCAUUGCCGACAUAUCAAAAUAAAAAUUUAAACCAAUAUAGGCUAAUUCCAACUGCUUUUAGAAUGGUGUUAAUAUUAUAUUGUAAAAAGAACUAGUCACCCCUGCUUCUAGUUCUAGUUCUUCCUGGACACUCACAAAAAUACAAGUACCUGUGAAACUCACUAAUACAUAUAUCUACAGAGAAUUAAAAAUCUUUUCUAAUUGUUAGAUCAAAAUGCAUAAAGAUAAGUAUUAAAAGAUUGAUUGUAAAAAUACUUUUAAGAGAAGAAAGAAAAUGAGUCUUGUACAAUGUGGGGAUGAAAACAACAAAAUGAAUAAGAACGAAAAAAUUAAGUAGUUUCAAACUUUUUCAGGAAUACUGGGUUCUGGCUAAGCGAACUGAGCCAUGUCUGUCAAUGUAGUGUCUGAGAUGUCAUGAGAAAUGAUUGCUCCUAGGCUAAGUUGACUGGUUUUUAAGGACAUUGGACCAUGUUAGUCAUGAGUCAUAACCAGUGCAAUUUAAGGCAAAAUGAAUAAUUUUUUUUAAACAAUGAGGAAAUCCCAUUUCCAGACAUAAAUAGAUGAUUUAACUGUAAGAGUGAAACCAUAUGCUUUAUCUUAAGUUAUAUUUUUUUAAAAACUCAUUAAAAUGCUCCAUCCAUUUCCAUUGCUAUCCAAGAAAAUAGCAUUUUUGUGACUGUGCCUUCUUAUAUGGCAUGGUUAGAGCAUGACAUAACAAUUGAUGGAGGAUAUCUGAAAUUUGCAUCAGCUUAACACCAUUAGCCAACAACUUAUUUUAAUAUGUGAAAUGGAAAAGCCAUAUAUAUGUAUUUAAUGAGUGCAGGGGUUUGUAUAGGACAUACCCCAUGGCUUUGUGAAAUCUUAGGUAGAUUAAUUUUCAUAAAAUGUCUGUCAAAGAGAUUCCCACUUAUUGGGUUGCUAACUUGGGGGAAAGCGCUUCAAUGUGAAUUAGUCAUUUCACUCACGCCUUUGUUGAGAGUCCUUUUAUCAAUUGUUAUAAAUCAGAUGUGUCUCUCAUAUUAUAAAAUAUCGACAAAGAAUUUUGAAUAAUAAUGAUAACAUGAAAAAAUUGACCACUUCUCAGAAGAACUACAAAAGUUUAAUAAAUUUAGAUUAUUUACUAUUUUAAAGUAAUUUAAUAAUUAAACAACCCAUAAAAAAAGUUUUUCUUAUCAAUCUUUUAUAAAAUGUAUUAUCCAGCAAUGGGGGCUGGGGCUGAAAUAAAAAAAAAACAUGCAUUUAAGUAAUGCCCGAUAUAAGAAUCCCAAUUAGUGACACACCGCCCCAAACCCCGCAAGGCUUGCAACCGCACUUUUUUUUACGCUCCUGAGCUAUAUUUACAUUCUAAUGACACACCUGCUUUUACACCGCAGAUUUAUUUAUCCAACUACUUCAACAAAUAAAAAAUAAUACAUAAAUAUUACGCACCAAACGCGCUUGCAAUAAUUUUUUUUUUUUAAAUCUCAUUUAAUGCAAUUAUUGGGAAUUUUAUUUUAUGAAAUCAGUGUUAUAAUAUUGCCUUCAUCUUUCCUUGAAAAACAGGAAAAAUGAUUUUUCAAGGUUUGGGGGCUGGGGGUGUUAGAAUUUGUUGUCAUCAAAAUCACGUCUAUGUGCCAAGUUUCAGAUCAAUAGGUUGAUGGGAAGUGGAUCAGUUAGUCAUCCGAAGAUUUUUCCAGCCGCGAACAAAAGUGAAGUUAAUUAUAAAGGAUUUAAAAAGAGCAGUGGGUAGAGUUAAGAAAAGGAGUUAUAAACCUAAAAAAGAACUUCCAUUAAUUGGCAUAAAUGAACCAAUACUUCAAGUGUUUGACUUAUAGGCUGUCGAUUUGACUUAUAGGCUGUCGAUUAAAAAACAUAGCUUAAAAUUGUUGCAUGUCCCUUGUUAUGUUUUAGUGUGAAUGGUGCGUUUAAUUAUUUAAAACCUUUGAGGAAUGUUUUUAGUCAAGGCUGUGUGACAUAAUUUAUGUAUUCAAGAUGUUGUCAUUGUUAUGAAAAGGGUGGAGAUUUUUCAAAUAAGCAAUGUGUUUGGUUAUGGAAGAACAUCUUUAGUGAGCUACACCAUAGAUUAUGAAUAUUUGUAAUGAGGUCAAAUCGUUAUUAAAAGAUAAUCUUCAAAUAAGCGUGUAUUGUCCUCAAUCCUUACAUUUGAUGUUUGCGGAAAACUGCAUUUUCCCCAGACAAAUCAGAGAGCUUAACCUGACACAUUUUAAAAUUAAGUUGACACAUAUAAUGUGUCAUAUAAUGAAUGGUCUUUAGCGCGCAAUUAAAAAAAUAAAUAAAAUUUAGGCCCUGACCUCAAAAGAGAACAUAUAUAUUUUUACAGGUGCUCUUUCUUAUCAACAUCCAAAAACAAGAAUUGCAAGCCCCUCUUCCAUGUUUCCUUCUGAGACACCACUUGAUGGACGUCAACGUGACACCAAAUACAGAGGUCACCCAAGGUAUUGGUAGUAUUUUAAAAAAAUAACAACUCAGUUGCUAAAUUGUAAACAUUUAAACACGAGUUACUUCAUUUCAGCACUAGUUGCUAGAAAAUAAAAAAUCCAGAUAUGUCCAAAUUGUAUUCACAUUAUUUAAAUGUAAAAAUAGUUUGGAAAACGAAGGAAAAUGUGAAUAUAACAUUCAACUGAAUUUCCUUUAAGCUAUCAUAAAUCAAACAAUUAAACAAAAUAUUCUUCAUAUUUCUGUUAUUUUAUUAAUAUGUAGGCAAUAUUUGUUUUAAUUUUGAUAUAAAUCAAAAUCUGCAUUGGUAGUCAAAUAUGUUUAUAGCUUUUAUGUUAAUUUAUCUGAAAUGGAAAAUAUUUGUAAAUACUCAUGCCCCUUUAGUUUUCUUUUGUUGGUUUGGAUGUUUGUUUGGUAGCCUUUUUUCCAAUAGUAAUUAUUUUAAAAUUUUUUUUUAAUUAAAAACAUAGUAACAUGUCUCUAUAAACAAUUUUAGGCAGAAAGAAAUCCAAGCAUAAAUUUAAUUUUAAUAUUUCAGAAAUUAAAGACACAAAAGGAGGCAAGGGCCACAUGUGAAUUAUAAGAGAAUUUCUCAAAUGAUGCC